CUGCAUUUCGUGUUGUUUCGCCAAAGUGUGCAGUUUGCAGUUUACAAGGCAGCUUGCGAAAUACGCACCAAGUAGAAAAAAAAAGAUUAUUAAAAUCGAGCAUAAAAUGCUGCAGAAGUAAACCAAUUGGGGCCGAUGUAAAUCCAAUUGGAAUAACAACAACCACAACGCAAAACCCUCUAAUCAAGAACCCCAGCUGAAAAACAGGCCAGCAAAAUGAAUCGUCUGCUGCUGCACUGUUUGGUGGCCAUGAUUCUGGUCUACAAAGUCAUCUCGGUGCCCACCAGCCAGACGACCGCAUUGAGUGGCCUAGCAACUACCACAGAGAUACCCCAGCAGGAUGAUGACGACGACGAUUGGGACGAGGGCGAUGAUUCGCUGGAGUCCGAUGAUGAUGGACGCGUCUACAAGAAUCCACGCAAUUCCCCGUCCACGGAGUGCCCGCGCGAUGAGGAGCAGGCCACGCUGUUGGGCCAGAAGUGUUUGCGCAAAUGCUCCUCCGACGAGGAUUGCAAGAGCAAGAAGAAGAAGUGUCUAUGCGACGGCGUUUGCGGCAAUUCGUGCAUCAAGCCAGAUCGCGAGUGUCCGGAACUCGCCCAGCCCAGCCUGGGCCAAGUCACCGUCGCCGGCCGUCACUUUGGCGCUCGCGCUUCCUAUGCCUGUCCCCAUGGCUACCAUGUGGUGGGUCUCCAGAGUCGCCUCUGCCAGGCCGAUGGCAACUGGGCCGGCGCUGAGCCAGCCUGCAAGCAGAACAUCUACUGCCUGAAGCCGCCCCAGAUCGAGCACGCGCGCAACUCGGCUCUGCCGGAGCAGGAAACCUUCGACUUGGACUCGACGGUGCAGUACCACUGCUACACGGGCUAUGUGACCAACGGAUUUCCGCGCGCCAAGUGCCUGGCCAUCGAUAAUCAGGCCAGUUGGUAUGGACCCGACAUACAGUGCGAACCUCGCUCCUGUGGACAGCCUCCAGAUCCGGCGUACGGCUGGCAUGCCGGCGAGUGCUACACCUACGGCUGCAAGAUCACCUACAACUGCGGCACCGGCUACGAGCUGGUGGGCAAGCACGAGCGCUACUGUCAAUCGGAUGGCUCCUGGACGCCCAAGGAGCUGCCCACCUGUGUCUUGGUCACUUCUGUGGUCUGUCCGACGCCAGAGAAUCCUAAGAAUGGCAAGGCUACGUACACCACCUUGGCGUACAAUUCGGUGGUCAGUUACGAGUGUCGCUACGGUUACACCCUGGUGGGUGAGAGCUCAAGCCGCUGCGGAGCCAGCGCCAAGUGGAGUGGAGUUGUGCCCAGUUGCAAAGAAAUCAAUUGUGGACAUCCGGGUGUGCUAUACAAUGGCUGGAUCGAGAACAUUGAGGCAGGGACUGGGCUGGGGGCUAGCAUCAUCUUUCGGUGCCAGCCCGAGAUGCUGAUCAACGGCCUGGGCUCGAGCGUCUGUCAGAUCGAUGGCCGUUGGCGCAAUGCGCUGCCCGAGUGCUUGGCGCCCUGUGUGGUGCCUACCAUAUCGCAGGGAUUCGUUAUACCCAUUGAGAUAAUUACAGAUGAGAAUGGUACGACAAUAGUCACGCCGACUACGACGACAACGCCGUCGCCGACGCAGAUAGUGGGCGGAGUGGAGAAAGUCAAGCACGGCACAGCGCUGGAGGUGAGGUGCGAGGAGAAUUAUGAGUUUCCCGUUUCAUUGCUAAGUCCACCGACCUGCAACAACGGCACCUGGAGCAUCAUACCCCGCUGUGUGCCAGCACGCUGCAAGAGCAUGCCGAAGCCGCCGAAGCACGGCAUGGUAAUGGCUCCGAAGACGGAGCACGGCAUGAAGGCGAGAUUCAAGUGCAAGGACGGCUUCAAGCUGGUCAGCCCCGAGGGUAAGGAUAUCACCGAUCCACACGACUAUGUGCUAACCUGCUCCUUUGGCAACUGGACGGGAGAGACGCCCAAGUGCGACGAGGUAUUCUGCUCAUUUCCGGGCUACAUACCCCACGGCAAGGUGCUGCUCGUGGGCAACAUGGGCCUCUACGACUAUCGUCCGUAUGUCAAGAAGAUUGUGAACAACAAGCAGAUCAUGUACGACUGCGACAAGGGCUACGUGCUGGAGGUGGGUCCACCAGGCGCUACUUGCGUGGGUGGCAAAUGGCGGCCUUUGGAUUUGCCGCAAUGUCUGCUCAGCCAGCAUCCGCGUCUGCGCUGGAAUCGACGUCGGCGUCGUUCAUUGCAGCUGCGUCAACUGCGCUCCAUCUAUUUGCUGCGGCGCCAGCGUCAAUUGCAACGACAACUGGCAGAGCAUCAGGAUUUCCUAGGUCUACAGUCUGCCAUGGUUCAGCCCGCAGCUGGAGCAACGAUGGCCGCACGCGUGAAGCGCAACGCCAAUAACAAUGAGAGUCCCUCGGACAUUGAGUUGGCCUACUCCAAGUACUAUCAGAAGAUCAAGGAACGCUACCAGCGCUAUGUGCGCAAAAUCUUGGGCCAUAAUCGACUGUUCCAGCAGACGCACGGUCAGAAUGGACGCUGGUAUAACCAGUACAAUAAUCCAGAGCUGGACAUGAUGCGCAAGGCCUCACGGUGGCGCAAUGAGGUCGAGGAGGAUAUCGCUGAGCAUCGAGGGCGUGGAUCGCUGCCUGUGCCCGACAUCAAUCAGAGCUCGCGUUACAGCCAUUCGCGCAACUCCAACGAGGCACCAGCUCCACUCUCGCAUGGCUCCGUGGAGCGCAAGCUGCAUGGCAACGGCACAAAAUCAUUGAUCGAACAACUCAAGUCUCAAAUUGUGCGUCGACGGCGCAGGCGCAGCACCAGCAUCGGAGCCACGGGCACACCGCCGCCCGAAACCGAGCUGGAUACGAGCGACGGGGCUGACGCCAACAAGGCAGCCGGUGGCAAGCGACUGCGAGGUCCCUGCGAGGAGCUCGACUGGGACUCGUUUGCCAACAUAACGGUAGUGCGUCCGGGCAAAGCGCCCGGCCGAAACUCGGUGGGCAUAAUGCUGCAACUGGAAUGCAAUGCGGGCUUCAAGCUAAACAUUAAGGGCGAGAAUGCGACUGCGCGUUGCAUACGCGGCAUCUGGAAGCCGGAUGUGCCCAAGUGUAUGUCCGCUCCGUGUCUAGUGCCAGCCGUGGAGCACGGCCAGUACUACAAGGUGGAGCCGCACACCAAACAGCUAAGCGACAAGCCAUCCCUGACGCCACUGUCCACCUACGAGGAGAUUCAGUCAAAUGAAUUCAUAACCCUGGAAUGCGAGGAUGGAUUCAAUAUACAGGGUUCCGCUCAGCUGCGCUGCGCUCAUGGCUCCUGGUCUGUCAACGCCUUUUCCGAAUGCACCUCCUUGCCCUGCACUCUGCCCAACAUACCCGGCGUUAUCUAUGAGGGCGGCUAUCGCGCGGGUCUGACCAUUGGCCAUGGCAGCACAGUCAGUGUGCGCUGUGAGCUGUCCACGAACGCCAAUCCCAUUGAGAUGUCGUGUCACAAAGGCGUCCUAACCCCGCCCAGCGUGCACUGCGAAACUGGCUUGCGCAAGUCACGCGAGGAACUGGAGCAUGUCACGCCCACGCCCACAACGCACAGCAAAAUCGAGCACAACGAAUUGGACAACGAUCAUCACGAUAACAACACAGACGAGCACGGCGAGGAGUUGAAAAUGUGCGGACAUCCGAGCUUGACAGACGGUGCUUUGGUCUACAAAAACGCUGACCAUGCGGAAAUAGAAGGGGCCUACGAGAGCGGCACGGAGAUCUUCUUCAAUUGCAUUCCCAACGCCGCUGGCGAUCGGCAAACCUGGCGCAUCAUCUGCGACAAUGGACAAUGGAUAGGUCGCUCCUAUAACUGCGAGAACGGCACGUGUUUGUUUCGCAACAAUGAGGCAAAUGUGGUUAGCUUCUACAACGACUUGGAGAUAAGAGAGGACAUUGUGGAAUUUCCUCCAGGCGCUACAAUUAUAUCCAGAUGCGUGGACAUUGGCAAGUUCUCCAUGACGGGCAGUCAUGAGCGCACCUGCAUUCACUCCGAGUGGACAAACACGAAGCCCGUCUGCUCAGGCCUGAAUCAGGAGAACGAUUAUGCGAUGGAGAAGGCGCCCACCAUACUGUUCCGUCACCAGAACGGGCCCAUUGCCCAGAGCAACGAUGGCAAAUUGAUUGUGUAUCCGGGCACCACGCUGCACAUGGAAUGUCUCUGGAUGCGACGCUUCGGCAAUCCCAAAUGGAAUGUCAGUCACACACACAAAAACUACACUGAGGGCUGGGUAACCGAGGCCGAUGAGGGCCGAGACUCAACGCUGGAAUACCGUUUGAGCAUAUUCGAUGCUGUUGCCGACGAUACGGGCAUUUACUCCUGCAUGACACCGGCCAGGCACGAGCAUGCCGUCGAGGUGGUGGUGAAGGCGAUAAAUUGCCCGGAGAUACCGAUUAGGCGUGGCCUGAUCGUAAGCACGAACGAUACGAAACUGAGCACACGCGUGCUGUUGUCCUGUUCGAAUGGCAACUCGUUGAUUGGCGCAUCGGAGCUGUUUUGCUUGCCCAGUGGCAAUUGGAGCGCACUGUUGCCGGUUUGCGAGAGCGUGGAGUGCGGCGAUAUACCGCUGAUGCCGAACAAUGUUAGCUCACCGCGCGUCUCUGUGCUGUCACGUGAGGUGGGCGGGCGAGCGGCAUUCUCCUGCUCCACGGGUUACGGAUUGCGCGGCCCCACGGAGGCCAUCUGUUUGCCUACGGGCGAAUGGGCGACACCGUUUCCCACCUGUGUCGAAGUGCAAUGCGAUAAUCCGGGCGCGCCGCAAAACGGUUACGCCCAGGGCUCGGCACCAUAUCGUGCCGGCGACGUGGUCCAAUUCAAUUGCAACCCGGAAUAUAUGAUGCAAGGUCAGCCAAUAAUUGCCUGUCAGGAUAACGGACGCUGGUCGGGCGGUUUGCCCAAAUGUGUGCAGGCCUGUUCGUAUCCAGGGACCGCAAUAAGCGGUCGCAUGUCAUCCGUUAAGUUCUACUAUGCCAUUGGCGAGAGCAUCACCUUCACCUGUGAUGCCGGCCUCGAGCUGCGCGGCUCCAAGGUCCUCAAGUGCAUGAAGAAUGGCAAAUGGUCGAGUGCCAUACCCACUUGUGUUGCCAACGAUGCGCCCGCUGGCGCCGUUGGCACCAAUAAACAUUUGACAACCAUGGGCUAAGUCCCCAUCCGUGAAUUGAGUUUAAAAUCAAAAGUGAUACUAAUACAUAUGUAACAGUAACAGUAACCAAAUGCGAAACACACGCGGAUAGUCGAAUACUGACAUUUUCUUGCGAUUUAACAAUAAUUGUAAUAGAUAUUGUCCAACGGCGUCAUUUUACUAUUAAUAAAUGUUCGGUCUAAAAUCAGA